AUGACAUAUGAGGAUCCUAAUUAUCCUGCCAGUGAAUUAAAUACACACGGUCCGACCGUACACGGGUGGCGUAGUGCACCGAAUAGUGCGAUAACACCGCAUGAUAUUGUACUGAGAUUUCAUAAGCCAGCCAAAAUAUAUCGGAUACAAUUGUUAGCCCACCAAUAUUUGAUACCUGAAAAAGUUGAACUAUGGUUACAUUAUUCGCCCAAAAGUAUACCGAGCACUCCAUCCUCACAGUGCUUCGAUUUUCUGGGAUUUGUUGCACUCGCCGAUAAUGCCGCAACAAAUUACAAAUCCCGUGAACUGCAAAGUGUUUCGGUAAAUCCUCGCAAGGGUACCCAUCUCAAAUUGCGGCUAAGUGGGCCACAUCCGAAUGAAUUCAAUGCGGAAAAUCAAAUUGCCUUAAUAGCGGUGAAUGUAUUGGGUGAAGAUUUAGAUUCCGGUGGUGGUGGUACGGCUAAUAAAGAGAGCGAAGCUGAAAAUGGCAGCAAUUCUUUGCCUGGAGAACCAAGUGAGGGCUGUGAUUUGCCCUUGGCUUCGAUGUGUGAUGAUUUGUUAUUCUCGAUGUAUGUUGAAGAGUCCAUUGCGGAGGUGAUCCGUGAAAUGGAAGAACGUAAGGCAAAGGCGGUGGCAUCGGAACGCUUUGAAUAUGCCCGCAAAUUGAAGUUGUGUAUGAGCGCCUUACGUUCGGCGGGCGAACGUUUGGGUCGUUAUGCAUUGGCCAAAAGGCAGGCAGUGCAGCAGGAGGAUUUCACCACCGCCAAGUUAAGGAAGGAGCAAAUUGAAAUGUAUAAGGCGGCGGUCUUUAAACAUCUCCUGGUCGAUGAUCUGCUGGAGCGUAAUGGAGAAUCAUUGGCCGCCAAUGAUGUGGCAUGUGAGGUAUAUGCUUCGAAGCCAAUUUUGCCGGUGGCACCCAGCCUGCAAGAAGUGGCCCAGGCCUUGGCUGAGGCCCAUAUGGCUGCCACAAUGAGUCCUAAAAGUUGUCAGGAGGAUAAAUCUUCGACGGAUGGUAAUAGUUCGACGGGAGGAGGAGUUAUUGCAGGUGGUGGUAAAAAUUCCAGCUGUAAUAAAUCAUCGGAACACAUCUCCUCCUUAACGGCAGCCAAUUUACGUCGAUCCCACGAUGAAAUACCCAUGUCACCGAAAUUGAAUAUGCGACGCAGCCCUAGUCGGCACAGUUCGCCCAUGUCCAGUCAUCAGGGUUCGUUGAGGCGACGCAAUAAAAGUGCCCCACGCAAUUCCUAUGAAGAAUAUGAAGAUCGUGCCAUACCCACACUGAGGCAUUCGAAUACUAAUGAAUUUUUAAGAGAGUGUCAAGGUACAGCCCUACUGGAAGCCGAUCCGAAUCGUGGCCGUUCACGCCUUAAUGAUCGUGAACGUCGUCAGGCUGCACUGCCGAUAUUGGUCUUUGGUAAUGAUAUGGUCGAACAAUUCUAUUCACGUCAAUUUCAAGAUCGUGAAGAUGGCCUGGUACGCCUACGCAAUUUUCUCAAGGGUCAGGAAACGGAAACCCCAGCAACUGGCGGCGGCGGCACGGCCAAUACCGAAAACACUGCCGGCCCCAAUAAGGUCGCCCGCAGCGCUGCCUUCCUUCUACAUCGUGCCGUACGUGAUGCUGUCUAUUCGGUAUUCAAUCAGGCCACCGAAACGGUGCGUGUCCUCUUCUUGGAAUAUGUACCCGGACGGGUGUCACAAAGCGAGGUGGCUCGUUGUGUUGAUCGCCUUUUACCCGAAUUGUUGGCCAAGUCAGGUGACCCUUCGGCGCGAAUACACACCUUAGCCCAACACACCAUUCUCAGUAUGGCUUCGUGCCCCGAAGUGGCUGAACAACAUUUGGUUGCGCCAGCCCUGUCACGGACCGUUAGCUCGGGUACCCAUCCCCGUCUGGCCCUGAGUCGUAUGCAAAUGUUGGAACAGCUGGUGCUCAGCCAGGGUAUUAGCACCGAUAAACAUAGCGGUCUGACAUGUCGUGCCCUCUCGGAAUGCGGCUGUUCGGGUAUACAUCAUCCUGCGGAGCCGGUGCGUAAGGUAGCCGAACGGAUACUUUUACUGGUGUACAAAGUGAAUCCACGACUGGUGCGCAAACAGCUACCGCCCGAUGAUGAUAUAACGCGGCGUAAUCUGCUGUAUCGCCAGCUAUUCACCGAGUUCGAUAAAUUGGAUUUGGAACGGAAGACGGAAAUGUUGGAGGCGAAUAAAUAUGCGGCGGGUCAUAGUUCGAGUGAUCCGCAGUCACCACCCUCAAAUCGUAGUGCUGUGGAGCAUUUGCAGUUGGGUGGAGGGGGAGGGGGUGGAGCGGCUAGUGGUGGCAGCUCGGAUAGUCGUGCCAGUCCCUAUGGAUUUUCAUGUAAAUCACCUGAUAAUUCUCAAUCCAGUCCAAUGCGUCGUUCCGAAACGAGGAUUCUGAAAAGUCGUAGUGGUCAGACAUUGGCCGCUCAGGGCAAUCAACCAGGCACAAGUAAUGGUUAUAAUAGUGGCGGCAGCAGUAGUCGGGAUAAUGCGAAAUGUAAUGGCAAGCAACAGUAUAAUGAGCUGCUGAAGAGGUCCAUGAUAUCCGCCAGUAGUUCGAGAAAAAAUUCCAAUUCUAAUUCGAAUUCGGAAUCGUUUGAAGAGGCGGCCGAUGUGAUAUCCUGUCCAUUCUGUGAUUGGUCCUCACAGAGCGGCGAUCCCGCCCAACUGGAUCGCCACUAUUGGAAGUCAUGCCCAUUUCUAACGAAAUGUCCCCAAUGUAGUCAGGUAUUGGAGGUGGCUGCCUUAAAUUAUCAUUUGACAAAGGAAUGUGAGGUUAAGGACAACUACAUCAUGUGUGAAAGAUGUACGGAAUCGGUGCACAAACAGCUCUACGAUCUGCAUCAAAUGGAGGACUAUUGUAGAGAAUUAAAAACCGGUGCCGCCCGUUGCCCACUGUGCCACGACGAUGUCCAUUUGCCAUUGGAUGGCGGUUGGAAGCUACAUUUGCUGAGUGCCUCCGGUUGUCCUGGCAAUACAAGAAGACGUUCCAAAAAAUCCACAUCCUCAUCAUAA